GUGUAUUAGAGACAGCCCAGCCGGCGGCCUGCGGCCCCGCUCGCCCUAUCCACCCUUGCAACCCCGAGUCCGCAGGUGCGUACGGAGCGCCGCAGCCGCACCAUGUUGGGCAUGAUCAAGAACUCGCUGUUCGGGAGCGUAGAGACGUGGCCUUGGCAGGUCCUGAGCAAAGGGGGCAAGGAAGAAGUCUCCUAUGAGGAGAGGACCUGUGAAGGCGGACAGUUUGCCACAGUGGAAGUGACAGAUAAGCCUGUGGAUGAGGGUCUGCGUGAAGCCAUGCCCAAGGUCAUGAAGUAUGUGGGGGGCACCAAUGACAAGGGAAUCGGGAUGGGCAUGACCGUGCCUAUUUCCUUUGCUGUGUUUCCAAGUGAUGAUGGCUCCCUGCAGAAGAAAUUGAAAGUCUGGUUCCGGAUUCCAAACCAGUUUCAGAGCAACCCGCCAGUUCCCACCGAUGACAGUGUUAAGAUUGAAGAGAGGGAAAGCAUCACUGUCUAUUCCCUGACAAAUUUAUCUUAUAGCUGGAAAUUUGUACCUUUUGACCACCUUCACCCAUUUCUCCAACUCUCUGCCUACAUCCCCUAUCGUUGGCAACCAUCAAGCUCUUCUCUGCAGUUUGGUGGUUAUGCCAAGGAGGCCGACUAUGUAGCACACGCCGCUCAGCUGCGGACCGCCUUGGAGGGCACAGCCACUUGCCGGGGUGACAUCUACUUCUGCGCUGGGUACGACCCUCCCAUGAAGCCCUACGGACGCCGCAAUGAGGUCUGGCUGGUGAAAGCAUGAGUAAUUCUCUGAGUUAGACCUUCCUGGACGUGUGUUCCUGUGUCCGCUUCCUCGGGGGAGAGGGAGGGAGGAGCAAAGGUGCCGGCUGUAUCUCCAGCUUAACCAAUCUUCCUUCCCUCAGAGCCCUUCACUGCCAGUUUUCUGAAAUCAGCAUAUUCCAUCCCUGCACUUUUUCUCGUGGGGGGAAAUAAUACAGCCCAGGUAGGCGGCAUCCUUCUGACUGACUUAGAAAGCUCUGUGGUAGACCAGAAAAAGAAUCAGCAACGUUUUUCCAGCUAUCUAGGGCACUCAAAACUGCUUUUUAAAAAUUAUUGGACUUGUAUUUUUGCUAUUGAGGGGAAAAUGUGAUUUGUGCGUGAUCUUUCAUCUGUGGUCCUUACGAGAUCUUUGUCUGAAAAUAAAGAUCUUCGAUUCAAACA